AUGUCUAUUCAAAAGAUUAAUAAAGUUGAAGUUCAUAGUAUAACAUCUGGCCAAGUUAUUAUAGAUUUAACAUCAUGUGUCAAAGAAUUACUAGAAAAUAGUAUAGAUUCCGGUGCUACUAAAAUAGAAAUCACCUUUAAAAAUUACGGGCUAGAAUCUAUAGAGGUUAAUGACAAUGGUUGUGGAAUAUCAAAAGAUAAUUUUCAAAGCCUGUGUUUAAAACAUUUCACUUCAAAGAUUUCAUGUUUCGAGGAUCUAAGUAAUAACCUAUCUACACUCGGUUUCAGAGGCGAGGCACUAUCAUCAUUAUGUUGUUUAACUGGUGGAAAUCUACAGGUUUUAACUUCAUGUGAAACUCCGCCGAAGGGCAAUAAAUUAUUGUACGACACAAAUGGCCAAUUGAUCGAUUGUAAAGUAGCCAGCAGAAAUAAGGGGACAACAAUAACUGUUAGUCAUUUAUUUAGUAACCUACCAGUCAGAAGAAAAGACUUUGAAAAAAAUCAUAAAAGAAAAUUCACUCAUUGUUGUAAUAUGAUUCAAGAUCACGCAAUUAUCCAAGAUGGGAUCACCAUUACAGUUUGGAAUAUUUCAAGUAAUCACAACAGGAAAAACUUAAUUUUAUCAUCAGCCCCUAUCAAUAAGGGAAUACCUAAAAAUUUCACCAAUAUUUUUGGCUCAAAUGCUAUGAAAGGCUUAGGCGAUUGUCAACUAAUCUUGGAAAUUUCUCCAAAGAAAAGUUUUGUACAGGAAUACAGUUUUGAAGGAGGUACAAUUGUAGUGAAUGGAUAUAUCUCCCAAAAUUCAUUUGGUUGUGGACGACCUACUAAGGAUAGGCAGUUUUUAUAUUUCAAUAAAAGACCGGUAGACUAUCCAUUAAUUGUAAAAAUUAUAAAUGAAGUAUACAGAUCCUUUAACAAUGUUCAAUACCCAGCAUUUAUCUUAGAUUUUGAAAUAAGUGUGUCUAUGCUAGAUGUUAACGUUACGCCUGAUAAAAGAACUAUGUUAUUGCACAAUGAAAGUGAUGUUUUAGAACAAUUAAGAGAAGCUCUUGUAGAUUAUUUUAAUAAACAGGAAAUGGUUUUACCAACUAAUAAUCCAGAGAGAAUUGCUGCCACUUACGUAAAAAAGGAAGAGCACAAUCCUAUAAAAGAUACUAGCGUUGACGAGUCUGAAAGUUUAAUCAAAUUUAAAAGAAGAAAAACAGACUCUACAGACUCUGGAAAUAACAAUACGGAGCCUUCUAAGGUAGAAGCCACUAUGGACUCAAUUAUUUCGCAAUAUACACCAACAACUUCUAGUUUAAAUUACACAACUGAAAAGGUUUCUAUAUUUGAUGUAUCAUCAAACACAAAUAAUGAAGAAAAACAUGCUGCGGAAGACACUAAUGCUACCGAUUCAGUAGAAUCUGAUAAACAAGCAACUGAAGACACCGAUGAUACCAAUUCAGUAGAAUCUGAUGACCAAAUGGGUUUAGAAGAUAAUAAAGAAACAAAGUCUAUUUCAAAACAUGAACCACACACAACCAAAAGACCAAAUAUUAGAAGCUAUCAAUUAAGACUAGAUGCGUUUUCCAAAAGAGUUUCAGGAAAUGAGAAAGAUGAAGAUCACCCUUGUUGUGAUAAUUCAUUAGAAAAUGGUACUAGUGUUGGACAAGAAAGUGGGAAUACUAAGGAGGAAGAUCUUAUUAUUGAAUUAGAUGACAUCAAAAUACAUGAGAAACUCAAAUUAAACACAAAAAGCAAAGAAAACACAAAAUUAGAUAUCGAGGGACAUGAGAACGAUGAAGCUGAGGAUGCUGAUUCAUCAAAGAUGUCGGUAUUAAAUGAAAGACAACCAUUAGCUUCAUCGGGGAAAACAACAAAAAAAAGCAGUGUUACUAUUGAAAAUACUAAUAAAGAAAUUAUCCCGUACAUACCAAGUUUAUAUUCAUACGAAUUAGAAAUCAAUGAUAUUAAAAUCGAUGCAAUAAUUAAAAAGACCGAGGAAUUUUUGGAUGUGACCAAAGUUAAACAUUUGUCAUUAUUUAAUAAGAAUGAUAAAAUUGAGGAUAAAGAUGAAGGCGAAAAUUUUUUAACGUUAACGGUUUCUAAGUCUGAUUUUACUAAAAUGAAAAUUGUGGGACAAUUUAACCUAGGCUUCAUAAUAUGUACUAGAUAUAUUCCCGCUAGCAAAAAAUACGAUUUAUUUAUAGUUGAUCAACAUGCAUCUGAUGAAAAGUAUAAUUUUGAAAUGUUACAGAAAUCACAUAAAUUCAAACAUCAAUAUUUAUUACGGCCUCAACCUAUGGAAUUAAGUUUAAUAGAUGAGUUAAUAGUAUUGGAUAAUAUUCCUAUUUUUGAGGCUAAUGGAUUUAAAUUACAAGUAGAUGAUAAGGAUGGGGAUACUGGUAAAAUUAAAUUAUUGAGUUUACCCACUUCUAAAAGAGUUAUGUUUGACUUUUCUGAUUUUUAUGAAUUGAUUCAUUUAAUAAAAGAACAAACUGCCGAUUUGAAUCAUAAUAAUUGCGAUUAUGGCAUGGUAAGAUGUUCUAAAAUAAGAUCCAUGUUUGCUAUGAGAUCAUGUAGAAUGAGUAUCAUGAUAGGUAAACCAUUAACUACAAGGACCAUGCAAAGGGUAGUUCACAAUUUGGGUGAACUAGACAAGCCUUGGAAUUGUCCACAUGGAAGACCAACAAUGAGGCAUUUGAUGGAACUAAAAGACUGGGACUCAUUCAACAAUGAUUAUGAAUUGUGA